GUGUGUGUGUGUGUGUGUGUGUGUGUGCGCGUCUGUGUGUGUGUGCGUGUGCGCAGCAUGAAUAUGGGCAGCCACUUGGGGGCUCAUGACCUCGGCACUGUAUCCGACACUUUUCAUACAGCGAUGAACCCUCUCUUUCUAGUCGGCUUUCUCCUGCGGUCCUGCCAAGCGGUCAAUCUUCGCCGCAGCGCCCGGUCUGAUCGCGUCUUGGGGCAUGCCGAGAAGCGAGCGGAUCACGAGUCGGGAGCAUGCGUGACAGCGACCGCCGGGGAGUGGUGCCACGCCGCAGUGACCUGGGCCAACGAGGGCGGCGCCAAGGAGCACCCGGACUGGUUCCCCGGCGACGUCAGUGAGUACAGUCUGCAGGACUUCCAGUCGCUCCUGCAUCAGUUCGGCGAGGCCAGCUGCUCGCGGCCGUGCGCUGGGGACUCGGCGGGGCAGCGGACGCUGGGGCUCAUACAGAGCCAGAGCUCCACCAGGAAGGUCCAGGUCAACCAGACCUACGGCCUCAGUCAGGAUCCGAGGAGCUCGAGGGGGUGAUGGAGAGCAGCUGGGCGCCGAAGACCAGGAUCGGGGCGCCGGCCCGCGCGGGCGAGGUCGAGGCCGAGGGCUGCCAGGACCUGCAGCCUGGCAGCGUGUGCUACAACGCCGUGACCUGGCUCCGCACGCAGGGGAUCAAGAAGCACCCCGCGUGGUACCCGGAAGUCACCGCCGAUUCCAUUCAAGAGGAGGUCCAGGAGCGCCUGCACUCCCUUGGCAGGGGUGACUGCCCGAAGCCCUGCCAGCGAGGUGCGGGGGAGCUUCUGGCAGGGCGGGACCGCGCGGGCUACCAGCGCGUGCAGCUGGCCGAUGGCGACAAGGUGCUCGAGGUCACUGUCGAGGGCCGACAGGUGGUGAGCGAGGCCUACAGGAUCCCGGAGCCCGCGAGCUGCGCCGACACCGUGGAGGGCGAGUGGUGCCACACGUCCAUCCUGUGGCUGAAGAGCACGGGCUUGGCCAAGCAUCCGAAAUGGUACCCCGAGCUCACCCAGAAGUCCAGCAUCGCAGACUUCCAGGCCGUGCUGCACAAGCAGCACAAGAUGAGCUGCCCACGACCCUGCCGCGGGCAGGAGCGCAACGCCACGGCGGGCUCCCAGGACGAGCAGGGGCCCAGCACCACCACUUAUCCCUUCCGGGCCCACACCACGUCCUGCGAGCAUGCGGAGGAGGCCUCGCAUUGCUACAGGGCGAUCACGAAAGUCAUGGACUUUGAUUUCUGGAGGCACCCCGAGGCGUACCCGGGGCUCACCAAUCACUCGAGCCGCGAUGAUAUCCAGGAGCAUUUGUACCAGCGUGGGGACAACGUGUGCGGUUGGCCCUGUCCCAGGCAGAUCAAGGAGACGCGGCGCGUCCUGAAGAGGGUCUCGGAUAUGACGCCGGACGAGCUCAGCCGCUUCAUGGACAAGAGUUGGGACGGCUACGUCGACUCCGACCAGUACGACGAGUACGAGCCAGUGCAGACAAUCGACAAGCGACCUCCAGCAACUGAGGAGCAGGAGCCUGACGCCAACGAGAGCGCCCCGGAGCAGGAGGAGGAAGAGGUCGCCCACAGGCACUUGGCCAUCGUCAAAUCGACAAAGUCGCGCUUAGCGGCAGACGGCUUGGCGGACGAGUGCCGCGACACCCGGGUCGGCGAGCUGUGCUACGAAGCAGUGACCUGGGCCCAAGAGGUUGGCAUCCACGACCGCCCCAAUUGGUACCCCGGCCUUUCCCUGAAGUCUACCUUCAUGGAUUUCCAGGAGUUCCUCCACAAGACGAAGGGAAGCCUCUGCGAGAUGCCCUGCGGCACGUCCAAGGACGCGGCACGCGUGGCGGAUGCCGACGCCGCGCGGGCGAGCGACGCUGCAGCGGGCCCCGACGCCGACGCCGACGGAGAGAUUGCCGACGCCUAUGAGGAGAAGUGGGAGAGCGAGCGGGAGGGCAGGCGCAGGCCGCCGCCGAUGGCCCCCGUGCCGGCCCCGGCCGCCGAGGAGGCGGAGGCGGCCGCGGAGGGGGCCGAGUCCACCUCGGAGGUGGCGGCGCCCGAGGAGGCCAACUCCACCGCGGAGGAGAGCGGGCGCCCGUCAGCUCCGAGGCGCGGGCGCCCGAGGAGGUCCCCACCGCGGAGGUGCCGGCGGCGAGCUUCCCCGCGGAGGCGCCGGCGACGGAGGCCAAUGCCUCGGGGGAGCUGCCGCAGCCGGCCGACGCGUCGGGAGCCGACGGACUCGCGGCGAACUCCACCGCGGAGGCGCUGGCGACGGAGGCCAAUGCGUCGGGGGAGCUGCCGCAGCUGGUUGACGCGGCGGGGGCCGACGCGCUCGCGGCGGACGUCGACGAGGAACCGCUGCCGAACCUCGACGAGAGGGGGCAGGAGGCAUGAGCGGCGAACACAUCCGCAUCCGCAGGAGGCGCAGGGGGCCGCCGAGGAGGCGCUGCCGAGCGCCAGCGCCGACGCCGAGGAGGGCCCGGCGCCGCAGCCAGAGGCCGCGACCGUGCAGGCCGGCGCGGCCGCGGAGCAGGCCGCGGAGCAGCCGGCGGGCGGCCUCUACGCGGAGGCCAACGCCACCGAGACCCAGAGGCUGAGGGAUGAGCACGCGCAGCUUAUGGAGGAGCACGCUCGGCUCCAGGAGGAGCACACGCGGCUCAAGGAGGUGCUCGAGGCCAAGCGGCUCAAGGAGGAGCACGAGCGGCUCAAGGAGGAGCACGAGCGGCUCAAGGAGGAGCACGAGCGGCUCAAGGAUUCGCGGAGAGGGCGCAGUCGGACGCCGCAGCGGUGCCGGCGCCAGAGCCAGAGUCCGCCGCUGUGGAGGCGGAGGCCGGCACCUCGGACGACCCGCUGCCGGAGAUCGACUGGCACGGGCGGGAGGAUCUUGGGGGAGGCGCAGGGGACUGCUCCCGCCGCCAUGCAGAACGCCGAAGGCCAGGACAGCACCUCCGACGCCCAGCCCGCCGCGCAGACACUGUCGGAUGCCGCAGCCGCCGAGGAGCUGGCGCCGCAGCCGCUGUCGGAUGCCGCAGCCGCGGCGGAGCUGGCCGAGCCUGGCACCUCGGAGGUCCUGCUCCCAGAGAUCGACAUGGGAGGGCAGGAGUCCGAGUCCCCAUUCCUCGUCAUGGAGCCGGCGAAUCAGACGGUGGCCGCCGCGGAGGAGGUCAACUCCACCGCAGGUGAGCCGCCGGCGCAGCUGGCGGACGCCAGGCAGGACGCCUAAGCUUUGCUCUAGGUGCUGAUCCACAGCGAGACGGGAGGCGUGGGAGACGCCGCAGAGAACUGACGUGGCGGGCGGGCCCCGCGCAGGGAUAGGUUUCCAUGAUAGCGGCGACUUGCGCUCAAUUGAGUGAUUGGGGACCUUCGCGUUGAGCGCGAAACUCUUUUGCACAAGUGUCUGCGCGCGCACACGCACACGCACGCAUCGGUGCGCGUGCCCAGAAAUGUCGGUGUGUCGUGGAAUCCGGGCUCCUCGCCCCAGCAUUGGUGCCACAUUUGCUCACGGG